GCCAUAUACACCCAAGCGCUUUACAAGCUUGUAGUGAGCUCAUAUCUAAAACCAUCUACUCUCCUGUCACACAUUUCCCCACGAGAUAAACGUCUCAAAUACGAAGCUGAGGAAAAGGCCAAGAUAUCGGGGUUCCCCACAGCGAAAGAGCUGCGCCAGUCAAAAGAAACAGCAGAGGCACGUCUAAAACGAGAAGAAGAAGAGGCCGAGAAGGUCGGCUUGAAACGGAAAGCAAAAGAUCAGUUGCGCAAGUCCUCCAAGGACAGCGUGUAUUUCCGAGUGAACUACGAGAAAUUUAACAUUCACAUACGGAAUAAGUUAAUAGAGGCCGCCGCAAGAGAGCGCUUUAACGACAGUGCUGCACUAGUUGUGCGCGCUGCCCUCAAGUCAACAGAAAGCAAGCAAAAGUCCGUUCUGGAUCUACGAUCAGGUAUGUCACGACCCCUAGUCUGA